AUGUCCGUCUCCUCCACGGGGGUCGCCGUGGUGCAGGAAGGGCCCUCCCAGCCAUGUCCUUCGGAGGUCUCCGCAGGGAAUAGCCUGGCGUCGGGCUCCGGACUCACCCGGACCGUCCCCUUCUCUUCAGGGAACCCUAGAAUUGAAGAAACCAGGGGUAUCGUACACCUAUAUCCUGAAGAAACCUCCUCGCCUUCCGGUCUCCCUGUAUAAUCUUUUCCCUGUUUCAAUUCGUAAGUACGAUUUGGUUGUAACAAUGACGCGACCUAAUGUCCUCCGUUGUGUUGACAGAUCAGGAGGAAACCGCUCGUUUAUGUUUUGGACGUUCCGAAUCACAUGACCUAUGCCGAUUUCUGCCAGUUCUGCGGUUCCUUCAUUGAACACGUCCUCGAGAUGCGAGUCGUCAGGUAGUAUUCACCGGAGACCUUUAAUUUUCUUAUAAUGUCUUCCUCCUACGAUUGGCUCUGCCUCGGCUUCUGGUAACCAAAUUGUGUCUGCACUGGAGUGACGGAUCUGAAUUUGUAUGCAGAAACGACGGAGCUGAAGAUCGGUACGGCGUUUUGAUGAGGUUUGACAACCAGACAUCCGCCGAUGAUUUUUAUCACCAUUUCAACGGGAAACAUUUUUCUUCUUUAGAGGUUUGUCGUUUACUUUUUGUGAUUUCUCUAAAUGCUUGCCAAAUGAUCUGAAUUAAUAUUAUAUUUUGCAAUGAUCUGUAACAGGCAGAUGUUUGCCACAUCCUUUAUACAGUUGACGUACAAUAUACAGGGUCGAUUGAACAUGCACAGAGCUCAACUAUCUCUGCGGAGCAGGCUACUUGUCCAGUCUGCCUUGGUUAGUUGACAGAUUACGACUCAGAAUCUCUUUCUUCUUUAUGCCAUCGUUGCCAUAGGCUUCCAUAUCUUAGUUUUACUGCAAUUACGGUAAAUAAAUAGGGGAUAAUUCUGGGUAACUCUAGGCAAAUGAGAGGUCGAAAUAAAGAAGCAAGUCAAUUUUUUUUCUUACGGCAAGAUGCUACAGUACAUUGUAUUAUCUCCUUGAGACUCGAAGACCUACUUGACUGAUUUAGAAUGUGUAGAGACUUAUUGAGCUCAGCUAUUAUUGCAACUUCAGCAGGAUCAAUCUAUUUUCCCCUGAAUUAUGGUGGAUGUAAAGCAGGAGUUUAUGGUCGUCCACUUUAUGUUCUACUCUGCCCAUCUUUUGUGCACCCUGGCAUAGCAGCGUCAGUGCGUGGUACCCAGAAUUUAUUCGUUCUUAUGCAGAUAUUAAUUCUUGAUCAGUGGUUCCGCAACUGGAGGACGUUUGAUGACCCCCUGGCCCUUACAUGGUUGACUGGAGACGUGGUGAUGAUGAAAACUAAAGGAAAACUUUUUCAGGACGUUUGGAUGAUAUUAUGUCCUGUGUUUAUAAAUGAGGCUAAUCAUGAAAAAUAUAUGGUUGUUUUUUUUGGCGUUGGAUAUAAAUGCUUCAUUUUUACUGGAGAUCAGAGUUAAUAUCUUAGGUUUCCCAGGGGUGGACUGGGGCCGUCAAAAAGUGGAAAAUUGGUUUUUUAAAAUCUACAAUUCCUUGUUCUAGAGAGUCAACGUUUUCGGAAGUAGUGGUGCCGGUGAUGGUCAAUGUUUGGCAACCAUAGAGUCAAUAGAAAUAAGUAUAUUACGAGUAUGAUGGAUGUGUGUGACAUUGAAUUUAUACAUGAUUUCGAAUCUAUGUUCGGGUUCAUAUUAAUUCAUUUUAGUUGCAUUGGAAGUUCUUUAUGAAUCCUAAAUCUAGAUUUGUUCUGAAACCGGUUUUAAUGAUUCAACUGGUCGAUACAGAUUCAAAUUGUGGGAGAUGAUGGGCAGUGACAUCCAGAGGAUUUGCUGAGAUGAAGAGCUCUAAGAUCACUAAGGCAGCUGAACAAACUACGUUUUACAUUUAAAUAUAAUAGCUUGGUGAAAUCUGAAUGAUUAUACCUUGUUGUGCUCUUAAAGAAUUUAGGUGCAGGGUGGGGAGUGCGGGAGCUUAGAUAUUGAAGCAGAUGAGUAAGACAUAAUGGAUGGUAUUUUCACAGAGAUACCUGGACGAGAGGGGGUGGUACACUUUUGGAGAGAGUUGCAGACUUGUUCAAUGAGAUAAUGGGGACUGACUCAAAAUGAUUUACCACAGGCAAGCAUUUGAAGCAGAAAUUUUAAAGAGAUUCUUAUUUUUUAGGGCUGGGUUCGUUGAUGAUCUGACAUAUUUUCAGUAAAGCUUAUACUGGGACUUGACACGACGAAGAUUAGGUUGGUAGCCCAUCUUAAAUGGCUGUUUAUGUGAUUGGAUUUUUCCAGGCUGACCAUAAAUAGACAGCAUAAUACAUUCUCUAUGCGCAUGAUUUUUCUCCUUAAGCUUUUUGCAUGCUAUGGUUUUUUAGAUAAACUAAGCUUUUACCAGCCUGAGUUAAAAAGAUGUUCUAACUUUUUUGAACCUGUGCUCUAAUUAAUUCCCAUCAUUCUUUUCCACACAUUUGUACAGAGAGGCUAGACCAAGAUACUGGUGGAAUCCUCACAACGAUUUGUAAUCAUUCUUUCCACUGUUCUUGUAUAUCGAAUUGGACAGAUUCUUCUUGUCCGGUAAGCGUUUCUGUAGCUCUGAAGUGUUUUUUGCAGUUUCCAUUUUGUGAGGUCUGCUGUGAUAGUUGUCCUAGUUUUGACUGGGUUGGCAUAAACGAAGACAGUUUGUGUUGAAUAGAGCUCAGGGAUAAAGAAUGAAAAGAAUAUUCGCCACUGUACGCUCAUAGUUGAAGGAUUCCCAGGAAAGGAAAACACAUUUUUUCUUUGGGCCCACAAAGAAAUGAUCCCCGGGAAAGGAUGAGCGGCUGCAUUGAUCCUCUACAAAGUUACAAACCAAACUGUCGAAGAAAGCAAGAUGUUGGACGGAAAAAAAGGCUAAAAGUUUCUUAACUGAAUAAAAAAUUGAAAAUUCUGUAGUUUAUUUGUACUAAAACAGAGUUUUUAGCUGAGAGCCUAGGUCUUUGGCGAUGAGAGACUGAAUAAUUAAGAGGGAGAUCUAAUCAAGAUGACAGAUGCUUCGUCGACCUGCUUUCACUUGGUUUUAUUCCACUCAUUGUAUCAAGAUGACUGGUGUUCUUCUGUGGAUUGUUGACGAUUAUAGAUUCUCUUUCUGACGUGGAUCAACUUUUUUUUUUUGCAAUUAGCUUGUGAUCAGUCAAGUUUUUCCAUGGGAUACUAAUCAGAAGUCCAAACGCUUUGGAUUUUGGCCUCAAAAACUGUUUUAACUAUGAAAUAAAUGAUUGACCUUAUUUUGGAAGUUCUGGAUUACUACUUGUGCCUCAAAGAAAUGGCUCAUUUCAAGUCUCUGAUAUGAACUGUAUGAUUUUGUGUGCUGUUUCUCCAGAUUUAGAGUCUGGAUGAAGGAUCUAGGUUUAAAGAUGACCAAGGUCGUGGCCUUUUGCCUUACUAACUUGGCAAGCGGUGGGGCACUUGGGUGAUGCUUUUUCUAAUAAUAUGUUUUUUUAAAUUUUAUGUGCACGUAAAAAAUUCUGAAAACUGAUAAUCACAGACGUUGUAGAUAAAUUAUAAUUUAUUCAUUAAAUAAUAACAUUAGAAAUAAAAGACGUCAUUUAGCUGAAUGAGGCUGUGAAUGGCGUUCGUAUCACAUGUUUUAGUGAGUGGAACAAGUAUUCUUGUUGACUUGAAAACUAUGGUGAGUGGGGCCCAAAACAGUGUUGACAGUCUACUGCCUUAUCUUCUUCUUCCCUGUUAUUUCUGUCAGUUCACAACUGUUCAUGUUUUAUGAGGAAUGUUUUCUGCAGCUUUCUGAUUCGCCACCUUCAGGUUUGCAGGUACUGCCAACAACAGCCAGAAAAGUCUACUUGCUCGGUCUGUGAGACCACUGAAAAUCUUUGGAUGUGUGUUACCUGUGGCUUUGUUGGAUGUGGAAGGUAGUCCCAUGCUUGUUUGCCCUGUUCUUUCUCUCUACGGAGACGAGUCAGCAGUCUUCAUUGGCUUGUACCUUACUUCACAGGUACAGAGAGGGCCAUGCGAUCAAGCAUUGGAAAGAAACACAGCACUGUUACUCACUCGAGCUUGAGACGCAGAGAGUCUGGGAUUAUGUCGGGGACAAUUAUGUCCAUCGAUUAAUCCAGUCAAAGACCGACGGGAAGCUGGUGGAGUUCGACUGCGGACAUGUGGCCGAUACAUGUGAGAUUUGUGAAGGCGGCGCUGACUCUGAAGCUCUUUUCAGCAGUAAAAUAGAAGCUGUACGCAUUCUUCGUAUAGUCCGCUAUAUUUCAUAUCUAACUAGUUCCAUUCAUACUCACUGACCUCUCUGCCUGUUGAAGAUCUUUGAGGAAUACAACCUGCUUCUCACCACUCAACUGGAGAACCAGAGAAAAGUAUGAUCCUGUUCAUCUUUCUCCAUGGUUUUCCCCUCUAGAUAAAUAGUCAACUGUUGAGCUUUUCAUGGAGAUUCACGCGUACUAACGCCAUGAAAAUUCAUGGCAGUAUUUUGAAUCAGUACUUCUGGAAGUCCGCCAGGAAACUGAGAAGGAGAUCUCUGAAUCCAUUGAUAAAGCUCUGAAUCAUAAGCUGCAGAAAGUGCAGAUCAAGCUGGAUAGAUGCGCGCAAGAGAAGUUAUUUCUUGACGAGGUUGGUGCUGGUUUAGUUUCUCUUCUGGUCUUCUUCUUCAGAUCGAUCCCAGAUCAUAUUUUCGUCUGCAAUUAUUCAGAAAUUCAUGCGCGCGAUCUAAUAUGAUUGCGAUCAUAAUUUAAUUUCUCUGGAUGUGAAAUUGCCAGGUUGAAUCCCUUCUUUGCGAUGCACCUCUUCUGCUGCUGUUUUGAAAUGACGAACUGUCUCGAUUAGAUUGAACCGACCCAUUAAUCUGAAAUUCUGUCGAGAAAUCCGUUGACAUGUUUUUGGAUGUCAACGAGUUGGUUUUCUGUCCUCUCGUUUAGCUCUUUGGGGAAUAUAUGGGGUUUGGCCUCCAUCGAUCUUUUGAAAUCGUUCAUUUCAUUUUUUCUUUGUAGAUCAACGAGAAUCUGGUGAAAAACCAGGAGGUGUGGAAAGCGAGGAUUCUGGAAGCCGAAGAGAGGUACACGCCCACGCCCUCAGGAUAUUAAUCUAUUGAUAUUUCCUCGUUGACAUUGGGGCUGAGGGUCAUCAUCAGUAGAGACUUUGACUGGGGAACAUCCGUCAAAGUCAACAUUACCCAUCAGAGCACCAUGACUGGUUUCGACGGGCAUAGCAUGCCUGACAUCAUCGUCGAAACCGCAUCCAUUAGGGGGGUCGGUAUGACUCGUCACCAGCCUCUCUCUCCUAGCACCCGGAGAAGAUCGUUGAAUUUUGCCGAGUUAGGGGGUAGUUGCAGAUGCCAAGCAGAAACAAUUCCGUUCUUGGCAAUUCCCUGAGAUCUAGUGAGCCCUCCGUGCCAUUUUAAAACUUUCUUUAUGGCUUCGUGACGGGCUCGGUUGAGUAGUCAAAGAAUCUGAAGAGUUGACUUUCAGCUCGUAUGUUCAUUCGCUGGUAAGAUUUCUCAGAGUCCCUCCACUGACGGCGCGGACUGAUCGAUUCCUCUCAGGGAGCAAGCAGCCGUGAGGUCCAGGGAGCAGAGGAUACGCGACCUGGAGGAGCAGGUAACUCUCUCCUUCGUCCUCUCCAUUUUCGCCGUCCCACCGAGCCAUCGCUGAUGCCGGUCUCUAGUGGGCCGGCCCAUCUUCAUCUUCAUAGCCUCUUCUUAUACAGCACUGGGAUGACGUGCGAAUGUGGGCCCCAUCUCACAUUUGAUGUACCUCCGCAGCUCGAGGGCCUGCUGGCGCGCGUGGAGGCGGCGGAAGGCCCGGUCGAGUCGUCCGACGGCACGAGAUCGUGAGUAGUAACGAAGAGACGGUGGGGCCCAUAGCCGUCAGAGGGCCAGAGGAAGAAAAUCUUUAAAUUAACCGGCAUCAUCGGCUGUUGUGUUGGAUAGAAGAAAGCCCCCCUCCCCCCUCCGUUAGAGCGUGCCAGUCCGAGACCCUUCGAUAAGCCUUCUCAGCGUCGGGAAGCGGGCGCCCCACCGUAGGUAACCUAUAAAUAGAAAUAUAGAGAAAAAUGGGCCACAUUCCAAAAAGAGGCGGAUGAGAGAGAGAGAGAGAGAGAGAGAGAGAGGCGGACCAGAGGAGACGAUUUGGUGGAGGUCCUGGUGAUUGUUGACGUCAUCACCUCCGAGCUGGCACGGGGAAAAGGAUGACCUGGGGUGAGUCGACGUGGACAUCGUCGCCGAUAAGAGAGGGAAGAGUUGCAAGCAGGGGAGGGGUGUUGGGACCUGCGUGGAUGGGCUCAAGCUUCUAGCGACUAGUUGGGAAAGCCGUUCGAGCGAAGCACGAUCGACGUGGCGCUGAGCCAGGAGGGCUUCCUCGGACGUCAAGUCGAGAACCAGCGAGCAGAUGCUCGACGCCAUCAUUACGACGGAUCCGUCCUCGUUGUUCGCCUCUACAUCAGACGCACAUAAAAAUAAUUACUUCGAGGGCAUAUAAAUAGUAAUCGAUAUGAAUUCCCAGCACUGUGAAAAUAAUUCUAAAAAAAAAAUUUAAUUAUAUUCUCCCGGGCCGUGUUGGCCCGAGUCGCCUCCAAAUUGGAUUUACGUCGUAGAGCAAGCCAAAUUAAAUUAGCUAAGCCCAACGAACUACAUAGCUUCCGGUGUAAUGAAAUCACUGUUCUCAUUGCCCAUAAUUUUCUGGUGUUCUGAAAGUGAAAACUGAUAAUCAGUGUUAUACUACGCGGAGAAAAGUAAUAACCCAGAUUUUCAUGGAAGCCAUCAGCAAGAUAGAUAGAUAGAUAGAGAGAGAUAGAUGGAGAGACAGAGAGAGAGAGAGAGAGAGAGAGAGAGAGAGAGAAGGGCUGUAGUGCUGGAGAGAAUUAAAGAUCAGGGACGAAGCUGGGAUGGAGGAGAUUUUCCAGAGGGUCGGCUCUCCUGAGAUGAAUCAAAAUGAGGGGAGAGGGAAGGGCGGACUAAUAGAAUCUAUGUAG